CACACGGUUACAUAAUCACACAGGUUGCUCACUGUCUACAAUGACCACCACAGUUCUUUUCUCAACGUUUGCUCCAUUCCCGACUCUUUCACUCUCUGUUUCUCCAGAAACACGAUUCGAUGAACUAUAUCCUCUUUUGUGCGAACGCUAUUCCGAUCUCCCUGCUUCAGAAGACUUGAGAAUUUCAUGUCAUGCUGGAUCUGUCCCUACGUCGGACACCCUUAUCUCUGAGAUUCAUGGACAAGAUGCGAGUCUCAUUACGCUGAAACUUAUUCCCCGACUCCGAGGUGGUAAAGGAGGUUUUGGGUCGCAGCUGCGUGCCGCCGGUGGUCGCAUGAGUAGUCAGAAGACUAGUAACAACGACUCAUGUAGAGAUCUUAGUGGACGCAGGCUUAGUACCAUCAAAACCGCGAAAAGGCUUGCAAACUACAUGGGAAAUGAAGAUGAACGGAAGAAAGCCCAGGCUGAGGCCAAAAAAGCCAAGCUAGAGACGCUCGAGAGGAAGAUUGCAGCUGCAUCAGGGGAUACGGAGGCUGUUGCUAGCAAGAAGCAUCGGUUCGAUGACACAGAAUACUUGGAGGAAAGUAGGGAAAUCGUCGACAAUGUGAAAUCUGCAGUGUCUGCAGGUCUUCUGAAGAAAAAGAAAAAGAUGAAGAUGAACCACAUUUCUAACUCACCCGAGUCAUCCACUCCUCCAAAGGACGCGGUCACGGAGAAAGUGCUAGCAUGCUCAACCCAACCUAUUGCGUUGCCUACAGCUAUCACUGUCGAAGUCGCCAGCACAUAGUGCCUACUUGUUGAUAUUAUCCCCUUUGUAAAUUACGUAGUGUAUGUCCUCUGAAUGGAAUUAGCUUGUUGGUAUUA